AUGGCUCCUCGCGUUGUCCUCGCCCUCUUGGCUACAGCAGCAGGCGCGAUGAAGUGCCCUGGUUCCAAAAGUUGGAUCCACGCUUGGGCGGAGGUGGAAGCCGUGGCAAGUGCCAGCUGCGCUGAUGUGAUGGAGGAGAUGAAGGCACGUGUGGAGGGCUCUUGGGUCGACCCGCACAACAAAGGCACCUACAGCCUCCUCUCCGAGAGCUCGGACGAGUUGGACUUUCAACGCAUCACGGGCAACAAGAAGUACACGGACAAGAUCACCUUCACCUUCUCCGAUUUCAAUGCGCAGGGUGCGAAGCCAAGCUGCGGCAUCCACGCUUGCUCGGAGUCGCAAGUCUUCUCCAUCGGAGACUUCUCGACCAACUACUGCAACAUCAGGAACCUCUACUGUGGGUCGGAGGAGAAUUGCGUGUAUGUCAAGCAUGACUUUGAGACCAGUGAGCAGACAGUGAAGCACAACAUUGGUGCCGGUGAAGACAAGACGGCUUGCAUCGUGCCGGCAGCCUUUGUCGUGUGA